CUAAACCAGCUCCUCCGUCUCGGGCCUGCACACACAGACAGGCCGGCACACAUACAUAGACGCCCCCAUCUCUCUGCCUGUGUGUGUCUGUGUGUACCGUGGGAUGAUGUGGUGGAAGUCCCACCGCCCCACCACAUACUGCACCGGCAUCCCCUCCAGCCGCCUGAGGGAUAACGAAUCGAACAGCCGCCGCUGCCACUCGGUGAGUGGUGUUCUCUGAGUCAGAAGCCUCUUGGGCACAUGGAGUGUGUCGGAUGACAGCAGGUGGGCCAU